AUACAGAUGCUGAACUGUGAUUAGUCUGCUGUAUAAUUGAAAUCAUUUUGGAUUUGUGAUUAUAACAUAGCCAAAUGCAAUGAUUUGAUUCCUGGUUUAGCAUCUUCAGUACAUGAAUUCUUGUGGGCAGUGUGAAUUCUCCAGGCAUUGAGAGAGGCUGGCAGGAAAGCUGUCAAUUUGUAGUCUGCAGUAGUUCAGUUUAUCGUCUGUCCUUGGACUCCUGCUUCAGUGGCAGCUAAGUGGUUCUGCACAAGCCUAACCAGUGGCUUUACACUGUUCUAGUUUUAAAAUGCCUUAAUAUUUUCUGGAAACAUGGAGUUAUCAGACAGAUUUGUCUAACCUGUUGCUUUCAUCCAGAAGGUUUGUUCAACCAACUGAUCAUGUAGAAUCCGAAAACUUGAGACGACCACGAUGGGAAACUCUAUAUGGAGUGGUGCUGGUCUUCAGCCUUGCCUGCUUCAAUCCGUUUGACUAUUAACUGGUUCUUGGUUCCUGUCCUUGAUGAGACUGAAGUGCAGCAAGUCUACAUUAGCAAUCUGCAGUGCAAAAAUAAAAUAAAAUAGUGGAUAUUUUGAUCAUCCUGAUUGAUCUGAAACUUAAUUUCAGUCUGCACUGAUAUUAUACCUGCCACCAAUAUCUUUAUAAAGCUGUAAACAAUACUGUGGAAACGAUGGGAGACAUGACGAACAGUGCGGUGGAUUUCUAUCCAAAGAACCAAAGAGGCGAGUCUAACCAUGCAGGUGAAUUUGGGUGUUCUCUCAAUGAACUUCGCUCUUUUAUGGAGCUACGUGGAUCAGAGGCAGUGCAAAAGAUACAAGAUACCUAUGGUGAUAUGAAUGGAUUCUGUAGACGUUUGAAAACUUCGCCAACAGAAGGUUUAGCUGGCAAUCCUACAGAUCUUGAAAACAGAAGACAAACUUUUGGUAGAAACUUUAUACCUCCGAAAAAGCCAAAAACUUUCUUACAGUUAAUCUGGGAAGCACUACAAGAUGUGACCCUUAUCAUCCUAGAACUUGCAGCCAUUAUAUCCUUGGGUCUCUCAUUUUAUCAACCACCUGGAGAGCGAAGUGAAAUGUGUGGUAGUGCUGCAGGUGGUGUGGAAGAUGAAGGGGAAUCCGAAGCAGGGUGGAUUGAAGGAGCUGCUAUCCUACUUUCCGUUAUCUGUGUGGUUUUUGUAACUGCUUUUAAUGACUGGAGCAAAGAGAAACAGUUUCGAGGUUUGCAAAGUCGGAUUGAACAAGAACAGAAGUUCGCCGUUGUCAGGGGAGGCCAAGUCAUCCAAAUCCCGGUGUCAGAAAUUGUUACUGGUGAUAUUGCACAAGUUAAAUAUGGUGAUCUGCUCCCUGCGGAUGGAAUUUUAAUUCAGGGAAAUGACCUUAAAAUUGAUGAAAGUUCUUUAACUGGAGAAUCUGAUCAUGUCCGUAAGUCUGCCGACAAGGACCCCAUGUUACUUUCUGGUACCCAUGUCAUGGAAGGUUCAGGCAAAAUGCUUGUCACAGCCGUGGGAGUUAACUCACAGACUGGCAUCAUAUUCACAUUGCUGGGUGCAGGUGGUGAAGAAGAGGAAAAGAAAGACAAGAAAGGUCAAACAACAGAAGAUGAACAACAGUUACCAGAAGCUCCCCAGCCUCCUUCCCAUGCUGUUCCCUCCCAGCCCCUGUCUACUUCAGGUACAGAAGGUGCAGCAAGUGCAAAUGCCACUGAUAGUACAAAUGCCAGCUUAGUCAAUGGCAAAAUGCAGGAUGGGAAUAUGGAGAACAGCCAGAAUAAAGCCAAGAAACAAGAUGGUGCAGCUGCCAUGGAAAUGCAACCCCUCAAGAGUGCGGAAGGUGGUGAUGGAGACGACAAGGAGAAGAAGAAGGGCGGUACACCAAAGAAAGAAAAGUCUGUACUGCAGGGCAAGCUCACCAAACUGGCAGUGCAGAUUGGAAAAGCAGGUUUGGUGAUGUCGGCAAUCACAGUUAUUAUUCUUGUGUUAUAUUUUGCCAUCGAUACUUUUGUGAUUCAAAAACUGCAGUGGCUGCCUGAAUGCACACCAGUCUACAUCCAGUUCUUUGUUAAAUUCUUCAUUAUUGGUGUCACCGUACUUGUUGUGGCUGUCCCAGAGGGCCUCCCACUUGCAGUCACCAUCUCACUUGCCUACUCUGUGAAGAAAAUGAUGAAGGACAACAACCUCGUGAGACAUUUGGAUGCCUGUGAAACCAUGGGUAAUGCUACAGCAAUCUGCUCUGACAAAACAGGCACUUUGACAACAAACCGAAUGACGGUUGUGCAGGCUUAUGUUGGGGACGUCCAUUAUAAAGAAGUCCCAGACCCUGAUGCCCUCCCAUCAAAAUCACUGGACAUGCUUGUUAACGCAAUAUCUCUCAACAGCGCUUAUACUUCCAAAAUACUGCCUCCCGAGAAGGAAGUUGGUCUACCCCGUCAGGUUGGUAACAAGACUGAGUGUGGGCUGUUGGGAUUUGUCUUGGACUUGAAGCGGGAUUACCAAACUGUUCGCGAUCAAACACCGGAAGAGAAGCUCUACAAAGUCUACACUUUCAACUCUGAGAGAAAAUCCAUGAGUACCGUCAUCAAAAUGCAAGAUGGAAGUUUUCGGAUGUAUAGCAAAGGAGCCUCAGAAAUUGUCUUAAAAAAAUGCUCAAAUAUCUUAAACACUGCUGGAGAGGCACGGGUCUUCAGGCCUCGCGAUCGUGAUGAGAUGGUAAAGAAGGUCAUCGAACCCAUGGCUUGUGAUGGAUUGAGGACCAUUUGUAUCGCCUUCCGUGACUUCCCAGGUAGUCCAGAGCCUGACUGGGACAAUGAAAAUAACAUUUUAAUGGACCUGACCUGUAUAGCUGUAGUUGGCAUUGAGGACCCAGUGAGACCAGAGGUUCCAGAAGCCAUCAGAAAGUGCCAACGAGCUGGUAUUACUGUACGUAUGGUUACAGGGGACAACAUUAACACAGCUCGUGCCAUUGCCAUCAAAUGUGGCAUCAUUAAUCCGGGUGAGGACUUCAUCUGCUUGGAAGGCAAAGAUUUCAACAGAAGGAUCCGGAAUGAAAAAGGAGAGGUUGAACAAGAACGUAUUGACAAGAUCUGGCCAAAACUCCGGGUGCUUGCUCGAUCAUCACCCACUGACAAACACACAUUAGUGAAAGGUAUAAUUGACAGCCUGCACGGAGAGCGGAGACAAGUUGUGGCAGUAACUGGUGAUGGAACCAAUGAUGGGCCAGCGCUGAAGAAAGCGGAUGUUGGCUUUGCCAUGGGCAUUGCUGGCACUGAUGUAGCAAAAGAAGCCUCCGACAUUAUCUUGACCGAUGAUAAUUUCAGCAGCAUCGUGAAGGCUGUCAUGUGGGGCCGUAAUGUUUAUGACAGCAUCUCCAAGUUUCUACAAUUCCAGCUGACAGUGAAUGUAGUUGCUGUCAUAGUUGCGUUUACUGGAGCAUGUAUCACCCAGGAUUCUCCUCUGAAGGCUGUACAGAUGUUGUGGGUGAACCUCAUUAUGGACACCUUUGCCUCCUUGGCCCUAGCUACAGAGCCACCCACUGAAGCACUGCUGAUGAGGAAACCAUAUGGCAGGAACAAACCCCUCAUUUCACGAACCAUGAUGAAAAAUAUUCUGGGCCAUGGGAUUUACCAGCUUACAGUCAUCUUCACUCUACUCUUUGCUGGGGAGACUAUUUUUAAUAUUGACAGUGGUAGAAAUGCACCACUACAUGCCCCACCAUCUGAACAUUACACCAUCAUCUUUAACACUUUUGUCUUGAUGCAACUCUUCAAUGAAAUCAACGCUCGCAAGAUACAUGGGGAGAAAAAUGUGUUUGACGGCAUUUUCAGAAAUCCCAUCUUCUGCAGUAUUGUAUUUGGCACUUUUGCAAUUCAGAUUGUAAUUAUUCAGUUUGGUGGAAAACCUUUCAGUUGUAUUCCUCUGCAAAUAGACCAGUGGUUGUGGUGCAUCGUUCUGGGAGUGGGAGAGUUGCUAUGGGGACAGAUAAUAUCCAGCAUUCCAACUAAUCGACUGAAGUUUCUGAAGGAAGCAGGCCAUGGAACUCAGAAGGAUGACAUCCCAGAAGAAGAACUUAAUGAAGAUGCUGAAGAAAUUGAUCAUGCAGAGAGAGAACUUAGGCGUGGGCAGAUUCUUUGGUUCAGAGGUCUGAACAGGAUCCAAACUCAGAUCGAAGUAGUGAAUACAUUCAAGAGUGGCACUUCCUUUCAGGGGGCUCUAAGGCGGCAGUCAUCCGUUACCAGCCAAAAUCAAGAUAUUCGCGUCGUGAAGGCAUUCCGUAGCUCUCUCUAUGAAGGAUUAGAGAAACCAGAGUCGAAAUCCUCCAUUCACAACUUCAUGACUCAUCCCGAGUUUAGGAUAGAUGACUCACAGCCACACAUUCCCCUUAUCGAUGACACUGACAUAGAAGAAGACGUUGCCCUUAAGCAAAACUCCAGCCCGCCCUCAUCCCCCAACAAGAACAACAAUGCUAUUGAUAGUGGAAUCAAUCUUACAACUGACACAAGUAAAUCAGCUACCUCUUCUAGUCCAGGGAGCCCUCUACAUAGCCUGGAAACAUCACUCUAGCUGACCAUUUCUGUGCAAAAACAGAACAAAAAAAAACUGCUGGCUGAUAAACUGUUCUGAUUGUGCUCUUCUAUGCUCUGUAGCAAGAAGGGAAACUGCUGGAAGGAUGAUUUCUUGUUUGGCUGACCCUCCUCAAGAUAGAGAUCCUGCAUGAAUGUACAUUUCCCAAAUUUCACUGGAAGGACCACAACCGAGUGCAUCUAAGGCAAUUUAUCCAAUCCACUGAUCUGUGACUUUUGAAGUGCUUGUGCGGCAUGGACUUAAUUGUAUAGUUUAAAUUAAGAAAAACGACUUUAAAAAUUGAAGUUGCAAUGCUCAACUUGCACAGUAGAAUUGCACCAAUUGAACAGAGGAACUUUAUAAGCAUUUAUUAAAUACCUACAAAGUUUAUCUUCUUUGUUUCUUGGCAUGUUGCCUUGUUUCUGCUUAAUGGCUCUUACGACUUUACCUUAUUUAUGUCCUGAAGAGAAUGUAAUUUGUUUACAAAACCUGUAGAUAACUUUGUUUAUUUGUAGGGUAUAAGUUCUGCUGACGUAGUACAGGCAGCUCUUGUUGAGUACUUCUGUAAUAUUGAAUUCUAGAUGUUUCAUUACAACCGUGUACUGAAUUUGCCUGCUUUUUUGUUCAAUAUUGUAGAUAUUGCUAGCAGAAACAAAGAAGCCAAAAUAUAACAGGGAAAUAUUGUUUAAGUGGUAUCCUAAUGUUAAUUGAUCGUGGACAAAAAAUGCAGCAUGGCUUUCUUUAUUUCCUAGAGUAUAUCUUUAGGUACUAAAGUCCUCUGGAUUUUUUUUUCUUUUUUAAAUAAAUGCUUGAAUUUUAUCUUGGUCUUUCUCAGACUCGCAAAGGCCAAUUUGAAAUGUAAUUUGAUUGAACUGUCUGCUAUAUAUAAACACCUGCUUGUUAAAAUAAGAUGUUUCAAAAUAACUGUAACUAUCCAAGCUUGUGAUGGGUUUAUUAGAGCUGAUUGCAAAAUAAGUUAUAUUUGGCUUUGUCUAUAUGGGGAAAAGAAAAUCAAAGUAGUGUUGAAAUCUUGUGAUAUUGUGUUGAUUUUUUUUCCUUUAGUGGCUUAUUGGAUUUUUUUUAAAAAAUCACAGCUUGAGGGCUGUCAAGUUUUAGGAAAAAAAGUAACAAAACAAUCUGGGUUGCUUUGUCUUUUUUCUUUUUUUUAAACAAUCUUCAUAUUCUGCACUCUCCAACUACGAUGAAACUUUCUGUGACCUAUUUAGAUGUGCUUUGUGUGGUUUUAUCAAGCUUGUCUUCCUGCAGACACCUACUAAAUACAUUGCAACAUCUCAGCAGUAUUCUUUAAAUCUACUUACUGUGCUUUCCUAAGGGGAAGCCAUUAAAAGCUUGUCACAAGAGUGAGACAGAAGCGCUUCAAGACAGUAAUAGCCCUAUGUAUUUUUUAUCCGGGGUAUUGGGGCUAAAUGUCUAGGAAGCAGUGAGCAUGAAACAAUCUUUGCAUCAUGGACAACAAAGAAACUUUUUUUUAAACUUUCACUUUGAUUCUGUGACCCGUUGAAGGUCCAGUUGGAAAGAUGAAACUUUUAAGAACUGUCUGUGCCCUGCGAAAGAGGAACAUGCCUGUAGUUCUGAGUUCAGGCAUCUUUGAAUUUGCCAGUAAAUCCUGUGUAUAUAAUUAACACAUAUAAAGUAAGAUAUAUUUAAAAUAAGAUGCAUAUAAAUCUGGGCUUUUGUGAGCAUGUAUGUGUGACAUAGCUUUUGUUUAAAAUCAAAUUAGAUGCAAUUCCAGCCAGUCACAGCUACAGGCCACACAUUUCUUCACGAGCUACGAAGAUUUUGUUUCUUUUGGCAUCUGGUUAGUGCAGGACAGCCUAAAAUGAGGGAAUUUAAAGGAUCAAUUUAUUAAAGUCAUUCUGCAAUGCAAAUAUGCUUGCUUCUACAUAAUGUAUUUAUCAGCAUGAGUUUUGUGAAAAUAAUAAUAAUAAUAAAUUACAGCAGUAUAUUUGGCAAUUUGGCCCUGUCUGGGCAAUGACGUGUUCAUCCAUCUGUUUUUAUGAAUUUUUUACCCAGACAAUAAUUGUAAAUAAAGAACUAAAUGUCUCUGUUCAUUUAAUACUAUGCAAAAAGGUUAUGCUUUCUGAUUGUUAUUCUCAUAUUCUUACAAAUGUGUUGCUGGAAUGUUUGUGGUUUAAGAAGUCAGUAAACCAUGUGAUGUAAAUUAUUUUAUAGUUUGAAAACCAUGAACUGGCUCUUGCUGCUGACUGUCAAAUGGUUAUAUUAU